UGCGCAAGGACAGAAUAACAGAAAUUGCUCACCAGGACAGCAGCAGAAGAGGGAAAGCAAAUAUAAACUGUCUCUUUAAAAACAUGGAAUCUAUAACAUAUGACCGGUUCAGCUCAUCUGAGAUAGCCCAGGGCAGACAAAACAGAAAGAUGUACAUUAUCUGUGGUGUUCUCACCCUUUAUAUGCUCAUACUGACGGUGGCUGUAGGAAUUAAAUUGUCUCAGGUCAGUCAAGAGGUAGCUGAUGUUACGUUUUCUCUCAAGACCAUUGAUUCCUCUAUCAAAGAAGCCUCCAAUCCUCUACAGUUUGAAAUUCCAUCUUUAAACCCUGAACGUAUAGUACAAGGUCCCUGUGAGGAAAACUGGGUGUUCUUUAAAGACUCCUGCUACUUUCAGUCAACCAUCACGCAGAGCUGGCAAAAUGCUGAAAACAACUGUAUCCGGAAAAAUGCACACUUAGUGGUGGUGAAUAACUUGGAUGAGCUUGACUUCCUUUCUUCAAUAGUAAAGCUGCAGGUCAGCUACUGGAUAGGGCUUGUUGAGAAAGAGGAGGGGCAGUGGUCCUGGGUAGAUGGAAUGGAUUUUAAAGCUACCGAACACUACUGGGACGAGGGUCAGCCUGAUAACUGGGACGUCCGUUUGAACGGUGAGGAUUGUGGACAGCUUCACGGACGGAUCCGUGUGGAGAAACGGAGGCUUUGGAACGAUGCUGACUGCACGCUUUCUUGCCCUUACAUCUGUGAGGGCAAACCCAAGAGCAAAUGACAAACAAUAUCACACGGAUAACAAUCAUCUAAACAUUAUCAUAGAUGGAUGCUGGUCAGGAUUACAACCAAUGUGUUGUUUUUAAAUAUUAUAAAUGAUUAUAUGUAUGUUCUGUAUCAUCAAUCUCAUGUAAUUGAACCUAACCUACAAACGUAGCGUACACCCACCAGACAUCUACAAGGGUAUAAACACACAACACAUAUAUCUGGUAUUCAUGAAAAAGAAUAAAGCUGUGAGAUGAGAUAA